CGCUCGACUGUCAACAAAACCAGAUUUAUCCAUUAUCAGCCAACCGCGGUUGCCUUGGUGAUGUCACAGUUUCCCUAAGGUUUCCGUUUGAAACUGGGGAACAGGGAACACAAAUUUGCACGCCGGCAGAGUUCUUGGGUUCGGGUUCAGUUUUGCUUUUAAGAUUUGGCUUUGUCCUCGUCCGAUCGGAGGGAUGUCGUCGGAAAGCCGAGAAAUCGGUAGAAAUGACACUUCUUUGAUCGCAAAAAGUUAUAGCAUGGCAACAGGCUCCGGAGUUACGGUUGGAGUGUCCGUUCAGGGAGCUUCGGUCAUCGAGAGCUCCCCUCCCUCUGCCGAAAGUGGAGAAAGUAUUCUGGAAGAAAAGGCUGCCAAGAGUUUGCAGCCUUUGCACAAAAUCGCUGUUGGCUCCUAUGCUGAAUCUGAAGGUAUCAGAUUUGCCUCACUGGGAAACAGGAGUCUUGAAGAGCUGAGGGAGCAUCUGGAGAGGCAGACAAGGGAGACCCAGAGACUACAGGAGGAGGUGGAACAGGCCACUAAACUCACCAUGGAGAAGAUUAGUCGCUCGUUUGGAGACCCAGCUCCUCGACCCACCAGCGGCCUCAGCGUCUCACUAGAUACCAUUUCAGAGGUGAAUGGCCAGGAUGUGCUGACUUCAAGUGGGCAGUCUGCUGGCCUGUCCCUGAGGUACGGGCUGGAGCUGGAGGCGCUGCGCCGGAGCUGUGGUUUCCCUGGGAAGGAUCUCCUGGAGAAGGCCCUGGAGGAGUAUGGCCAGCAGGUCAAGGAGCUCCAGAGGAGACUGAGUGAGACAUGUGAACUUCAUGAACAGCAAAAGUUCCAUUUUCGCCAGUCCAUCAUUAAACUGCAGACCAAGCUGCAGGAGAGUCAGAUUGAGAAAGAUGCUCUGGCUGAUAUCAGGCAGAAGGAGUCCAGAGGCCAAGCGGAGCUGAUCAACAAGCUGCAGGCCUCGGUCAGGGAGCUGGAGGCGGCCAGGCUGGCCCAGGAGCAGGAGAUGCGGGACGCCGCCAGCAGGGCGGAGCCGCUGAGCCGGAAGAGAGCGGCCCAGGAACAAGCGCUGCAGGAAGUGCGCUCUGAGUUGCUGGCCCACGAGCAGCGCAGUGGCAAGAAAGCCCACGAGAACGAGGUCACCGCCACGCUGAACGACCAGAACCUGGGCACCGCGCUGGGAAAGGUGCUCCGCGCCCUGGAGGCAGAGAACGCCGCCCUUCGAGGGAGAGUCCUCCCUGUGGCAGAGCAGUUGGAGGCCGAGAAACGAGAGGGGCAGCUCAAAGCAGACCUGAUUUUGAAGCAGCACCAAGAACGAAUGGAGCAGCUCAUUCUCAGCCAUGAACAGGAGGUGGCAGCAUUGUCUGAGAAGCUGGGUAGUGCUCGCUGUCAAGCCACAAGCAUCCAGAGGCAAAUGGACAUUGUACAAGAGCAGGCUGCAAACCAGAGCACGAUGUACCUCCGUCAGGUCACUGACCUGGAGUCCACAGUCUCCCACCUGCGCUCCGAGCUGCGGGAAGCCAAAAGGAUGUAUGAAGACAAGGUGGAGAGCCUGGAGAAGAAAUUGAUUUUGGCUUGCUCGGAGGCCGAGGCUGCCCAGUGUGAAAGAGAUCAAUACAGCCAGGAGUCUGGGGACCUCGAUUCACAGCUCUGCCAGCUGAUGGCUAACUUACACAAGGCCCAGGAGGAGCUGAACCUGGAGAGGGAGCAGAACAAGCGUCUGUGGGACCGCGACACGGGGAACAGCAUCGCCAUCGACAGCCUGCGGCGGGAGCUGGACGAGAGGAGCAUGGAGGUGCAGCGUCUGGAGGCCUUAGUCAAGUCUCUGAAGGAGGAGUGCCGGGUGCAGGUGGAACGCCAGCUGAAAGCAGAACAGGGUAAGAAUGAGAAGACGGAGGAGGCGGCCAACCUGUGCAAGGAACUGGAGGUCACCAAGGACCUGCUGCGCCAGGCCGGGGAGGAACUGAAGAGUGACAGGGCAGUGCUGGAGGAGCGGGCCAGGGCGCUGGGGGAGACCGAGCUGGACAGGAAGAAGCUGCAACUGCUGCUGGCGGAGAGGGAGGGGGAGCUGCAGCGGAGGCACGAGGAGGGGCAGCGGAGCAGGGCCCGGCUGGAGGGGACCGUGGCCAGCCUGCGGGCUUCGCAGGCGGAGGCGGAGGCCCUGAGGCUGAAGCUGGGCGAGAGGGAGACGAUGGUGGACAUGCUGCGGCAGCAGAUGGAGAGCGUCACGCAGAUAGCCGGCCAGCACAGCCGCAACACGGAGACCCUGCACAGCGAGAGGGUGCAGCUGCUCAACGAGCUCAACGGACACAAACUGGACAUCCAGCAGCUGAAGGCUGUCUGUGCGAAGAGGGACCAUAGGCUGAGUGAACUGGAGCAGGAGCAGGUGCAGCUGCUGAGUGUGCUGUCAGAGAAGGCCUGCUGUAUGAAAGAGCUCACACUGGAGAAGCAGCAGCUCACUGCAGACCUGGAGGUGCAGCGCAUACAGCUGGUCAGCCUCACAGAGGAGCAUGAGUCCCUGAAGAAGACCUUCAGCAGUAAGAGUGAGGAAAUGGAGAACAUGGCGGCUAAGCUGAAAGCCCAGCUGCUAGCCACCAGGAGCGACUUGCAGCAGACCACAAACACCCUCAGGGCCCUGGAAGGGGCUGAUGGCCACGGAAUGAAAGUUGCUAUGGGGAUGCAGAGGCAGAUCACAGCCAAACGGGGUCAGAUUGAUGCCCUGCAGAGCAGGAUCCACUUCCUGGAGGAGACCCUGGAGAACUUGGCCCAGGAGAAACGCUACCAGGCAUCAGAAAGCAGGCGUCUGUCCCAGGACCUGGCAGCAGUGACUUCGGAGAAGAACAGACUGGUGACAGAGGUGGAGACCCUGAGGUUCCUCGAGAGGGAGCUGAAGGACAAAGUCACCAAACUGGAGGCGGCUCUGGACACGCUCUCCGAGAGAUUUUCCGAAUGCCAAGAUUUAGUCCAGCGACAGGAACAAGAGGUCACGCGCCUGAAGCUUCAGUACGCUCUGGAUGUGAAGGAGCUCCAGGGACCAAACUUCAGAGCCGCUGGCGGUCAGCAGAGGCCCCCGUCCCACAGCUGCCCCUUUCCAGCCCCCCAGCAGAGCUCCGGGCACCUCCCUGCGCCCAAGAGCACAGUCCUUCAGGAGAACCCCACCCAGGAGCUGAAGGCUCUGGUGAAGGAGCUGAGGAGUGUGAUUGAAGACGACAUCAGCCCCUCUGCCCUUGGCAGGAGGAGGAAGUGUGAGCCAGAACGACCACGCACCCCAGCACUGAGUGAGGUGACGAAAGACAACAGUGCCAACAGCACACUGAAUAGAGAUAGCAUAAGCAGCAGGGAGCCACUAACGUUACACACUGCCGAUCUCCACGAAGGAAAUCUGCCCAGCUCCCUGGCUUCCCAGGGGUUUGAGCUGUCCCUCCUGUCCGCCACUCCGCGCUACACCUCCUCACCGCGGGGCCGGCCCUCGGACCGCCGCUCGCCAGUGCACUCCCUGCUCACCACCCCGGCCCCGGUCCCCCGGCCACAGACAGAGAAGAGCCAGGAGCCCCCCUUCCCCGCCGACAGGAUGGCGGCGAGCGAGCAGAUGAAAAAGACGGGGCAGACGUGCAGGAAGCUGCAGGGAAGACUCGACAGCCUUCAGAGCCUGGUGGAGGACCUGCAGAUGAAGAACCAAGAAAUGUCUACGAUGAUCAAAAGCCAAGAAAAGAGGAUGAAGAAAGUCAAGGACAGAGACGAGCUCUUCAGUUAAUUUGGAUUACCUGUUCUUUUAAUGAUUUAUGUGCUGCAUCCAAAUAAAAUCUGGUUAUUUAUCAGAAUAGAAGGUGUGUGGUCAUCAUGUAAAAAAAAAAAGUCCUGUUUUUGUCUCUUGUUCUCAUAUCUUGUGGUAUCAUCUGUACAGUUUACAUAUAGCACUUUGAACAUGACUAGUAACUAAAUGCUGAAUUUGAUAUGAAGAGAUCUCCAGUAAAUCUAUUUUUUAUUAGAUCAGACCAUAAGGAGAAUUGCAUACAAUGUUGAAAUGAAGUUUUAUUUAUUUUACUCUUUGGUACAGACAUACAAAGCUUGUUUUAUACGUUUAAAAUGAAGAGUUGCUUUCCUCUCCCCCCAAAGUGUCAAAUCUGAUCACUUUAAUGCCUAUACGUACUUCACUGCAAGCUGGAACGAUGCAGCUCAUUGACAGCUGGCCAACAGUCUAAACAGGGUUUUACUCAUCAUCACACCUAGUACUGAUACAAAGUACAGUUGGGAUGCCUAAAACCACAAAAAUAGCAGGAGUCAACUGAGAAUGGUAAUGUACUUCUGCCAAUUCAAAGAACAUUAACUGGACUACUCAGGCGUCCAGCAAUUUUGAGUGAAGCUGCAUUAUUAUAUUAAAGACAAACCCUCAGACAGUUCUCUUAAUUCAACACCGGUUGAUGUCACAUAUGUUUAUUAGUACCAUGAAGAUUGAGGUCUUUCAUCCAAUAUUACAAAAAAUAAUUAAUAUUAAUGAAAUCACCAGGGCAAUUAACAUCUUUGCUAUUAAGACUUGAUGAUUUUAAAUGGCAACAUGACCGAUUCCAUUCAUUUCCUAUGACUGGAUGAGAUUCUCCUGUUUCAGCUCAUCCCUUUCAUUCUGAAGCCAGAUUAAAAGAUUAAAGCCUGCGCCAGUCAUGAAGGUUGACCAAUUAAAAAAAAAAA